AUGCUGGAGCGCAGGGAGGUGGUGGUGUCUGUUCUGGGGGAGCUGCAGGAGGCGACGGAGCUCACGGGUUUGGGCGCUCUGACCUCGGUCGCCCUGAAGGUGGCGCCGGUGCUGGGCUCGUUCCCUCUGCCCCGCGGGCCGUCCGGCCCGUCCCCAGAGUGGGCCGGGGUGGACGCGCUGGCCCACGGGCUGUACCCGUCCGACGCCCCCGGGGGCCUCCUGCCCCUGAGCUGCAGAGGAGAAGGAAACCUCCUGUUCGACGCCGUGAGCCUCCUCCUGACGGGGAGCACCGCGCUCAGCCUGGAGCUGCAGGUCCGCACCGUCGUGGAGAUGGCCAUAUGGAAGCGCUACUACCUCUCCGGAAUGAUCGACUCCAAAAUGAUGCUUCAGGCCGUGCGCUUCAGCCUCUGCGCAGAUGAGUCCGAGGACAUGCUAAACCUGCCCGCUAACGUCCUGGAGGCCAUUUUCGACGCCGACGUGAAGGCGUCCUGCUUCCCCGGCUCCUACGCUAACAUGUGGCACGUGUACGCGUUAGCUUCCGUGCUACAAUACAACAUAUUCUCCAUCUACCCCAUGUUCAACCACAAAAUCAGGCCGUACUUCCAUCGCAUCAUUCGUCCCAGAACGUGGCCUCAGGAUCACAAAAUCCAAACGCUGCACGUGAUGUGGUCCGGCGAGCUGCAGUCGGAGUCCAUCUUUAGACCGGAUCAUUUUGUGGCGUUGGUUCAAGCUAGCAGCAUGGCGUGCGGAAGCCCCAUUAGCGAUCCGAGCGCGUCUCCGGCCAAAAGCGACGAGAUGCGCGACGAACCGCGAAUGACCUACCCAAAUAUGAAAGAUAAAUACAACAUCACCAAAAGAACCUUCUACAGAUGGAAGCGGCAGACGCAGGAACACUGCAAGAAAUCCACGGCUCGAUACGAGGCCAAAUAUUUUCUCCAGGCCUGCUACAACGAAGGCAAGCUAAUCCCGCUGCACCAGUUCAAGCAGUUUUUCCCAGAAAUUUCCAGAUCCUCCUACUACAACUGGAAGCAAGAGCUGCUCAAAUCCGGGGGCCAUUUUUCAGUGUCGUCCUCGUCUGGUGAGAUAAGUCCUGGAGAAAGCACAGAGCAGGAAGCGUGGUCCUCUCCCGAUCCCAAAGACGACGACAUCGAGCAACACGACAGCGUAGCUAGCAUGUUCGGACUUAGCAUGGGCAAACCGGACUCGGAACGGGCGCAGAACGUGGCUAACAUGCAGGAAGCUAAGCGAUGCCUCCAGAACUGCAUCGCGAUGAAUACGUCCUUCCCGUUCCGCAUUUUCAAGAGGAAUUUUCCGGGAAUCUCAAGAUCCACCUACUACAACUGGAGAAGAGAAGCCAUGAUGUGUGGCCGCGGUUACAAAGGCAGCGUUGGGAGCAGCGACGACGGCUCCGACGGCGAUAAGAGCCAAAGUCCGAAGCGAUUUUCCCGCAUUAUUCCCAUCUUCAACGCCAAUCCGAUCCAGCCCCUGCGCAGAAUUUGCAGGAGGAAGAACAAGAGUUUGCGAAUGGCGUACAUCAGCAAGAAAGAAAUCCGGAACACCGCUAAACGGUACAUCCUGGGAUCGAAGUGUUCUCCUGCCAAAUUCAAACUUAAAUUCCCAAAAUUGUCUCUUUGCUUCUACUGGCUCUGGAAAAACGCCGGGAAAGCGAGCUCCAUGGCGCCCAACAUGUCCGCCCCCAGCGCAGAAGAAAUGGCCAACUCUACGGUAAACCUCGCUACGCCGCCAGUGGAAACCGCUCCCAUCAACCAAACCGUGGGGCCGUACUUGGAAAGCCCUCCUUACCCCCAGAAGGCACCCAUGGCUCUGCUCGCCGCGGCACUUCCUCCGCCCGCCGUUCUCUCCCAGAUGCCCGCCGACGAGCAGAUGUUUGGCCUGGAUGUGGUCGCUAUGGCUAACUUCAAGGCUAAAGCUAAACUGUUCCUGCAGCAACGUUUUGAAGAAAAAUCGUUCCCGUCGUUCAAGGAGUUUCGUUCCUUCUUCCCGUUCACGCCGCGGUCCACCUACUACAUGUGGAAGCGGGCUCUGUACCACGGCGUUUCGCUGAUCCACGGAUGA